AUGGCGAGCGAACCUUCCCCCCGCACCGUGCGCUUCUCGGCCCACGACGACGACGGACAUGCCCGGCCAGACAAGAUCAAGAAUAGUGGACGCCCGUCGACAAUAAUACCCGAUUCGGAGAAUGCAAUGGCAUCGGGGAACGGGGACAUCCACCUAAGCCCCCGUCUGAUAGACCAGCAAGAUGACCUCGGGACACACGGCCGAUACGUUGAGGUGGCCCAUCCCGCCAGCGUGCAGCCGCACUCUUCUGGCGCCUUAUCGAAUGGCGGGGGCACCCGCCAGCGUAGCACCGCCGAAACCGCUUCGUACUCCAACGGGACGGCACCUCGGCCGCAACGUCCCACCGGGCCUGCCAGGACCCCUUCCAACACCUAUCAGCCCUACACGCAGCGGCGGCCCAACCAGCCUGGCACUGCCUCCUUCGGCAACAAUGGCGGACUUCACAUUAAGGACGUCUCGAGGCCCCGCCCAGUCGGGACCUCGACGUUCCGCGCACAAGAGCGAGAAUACGUGCGGAGGUUGCGCCAGCAAGAUCACAACAACGACUACUUCGACGCAUAUGGCUCGGUGGAACAGUACGACUCGGACUCUGAAGGCGAGACCCCCUCGUCCGAAGAGCCGUUCGAUACAUAUGACGACGCACACAUCAUGUUCGUCAAUAAUGAGGAGAACCAGAUUACCGAGGAGGAUUUGCAGGAUUCUGGCAGCCGCGAGAGACUAGAAUGGCACGGGAUGCUGGAGUCCGUCCUGACGGGCGAUGUUGUUCGGCAGGAAAAAAAGCGACUCAUUGGUUCCGCUGACGAAGACUUCGGCAAGAGCGCACACAAGGCCGAGCUCUGGCUGGGGAUUCGCGCCCGGGUCUGUGGGAGACACUUGCCAGUUCAGCGGCGGAUGCUGGAGGAGGCCCGCGCCUCGCUUGACCGCUCCGUAAAUGAUGUCAUCAACUUCUCCAUUGCCGGCGAGAGUGAGGCCGGAAAGCCUCCUGUCGAACAGGUCCGAGACGCCAUCGAGAAAAUCGAAAAGAUUGAAGCCCUUUACCCAUCCGGCACUGGGCUAGUUGCGGCUCUCAAACCCACAACGUACAUGGCAUAUCAAGAAACUUGCGAUGCCGUCGUCUCAUGGCAUAACGUUAACGAGAUGAUCAACAUCGAACUUUCUAUUCUAAAGAAAUGGGUGGGCAACGACGACCUGGAUUUCCAGCGAUCCGGGGAAAGUUCCGGCCGACUCAACGACGAAACCUCCUUUUUGGACAGGCUCAUGAAGGAAGAGGGCCUGAAAUCGCUGCACGCAGAUGACGGCGGUGAAAAACACCUCAGCAGAAAGAGCAUGCUAGACAGCAUCUCCAUGGUCAUAACCAAGGCCAAGGACACCCUGAUCCAGAACGCCGAAGCGUUUCAAAAACGACACCUACCUCCCUACAUUGAAGAGCUUCUCACGCUGAUCAGUUUCCCAUCCCGCCUCAUUGAAGAGAUCAUCAAGGUGCGACUAGCCUACGCCAAGAAAAUGAAGGAGUCGGCGCAGCAAAACCCCAUGAUGCAGGACCAGAUGAUCUCCCAAUUCCAGGUCCUGCUAAAGCUAGCAAUCAAAAUUAAAUCCGAGUACACGACCAUCUCACAACCCGAGCCCGGGUGGGACCUGCCCCCAUGCAUCGACGAGGACUUUGACCGCGUCAUUCUAGAUGCUCUCAAGUACUAUUUUAAGAUGUUGAACUGGAAGCUGAGUGGCAAUAAGAAUACCUUCAAAGAAGCGGAGUUGCUAUUUCAGGAGUGGGGGUUCGGUAACGAGAUUGGAAGUCACCUAACGCACGGAGAUGUCGAAGUUGCUGAGCAGUUCAGCUCCCUCACCUACAAGGCGCUUGGCCGGUUGAACCAGACCUUCGAGAAGGAGCUCCAGAGGAGGCCCAAGGAGGGCGUAUCAGAUAUGACCAAACGUUACAAGCAGAUCCUGGAUUCCGUCCGCGUACGGCAACGUAUGCUCCAGAGAUUCUCCAGGAUGCUCAGCGACAACUACGAAAACGCCUGCGACUUCACUGUUGCCUUCAGCCCCGAUAAGGUCCAAGAGCUUUUCGACCGCCUCGUAGAAUCGGGCCAUUUCCAGAUCCUCACUGGAAGCCCCGAGCACGAGAACGUCAUCAUCAUUGCCUCGCCUAGCCUCCACGGCCGCAGCGCCGACAUACAACUUCUAAUGAGCACUUUCUCCUACGAAACAAUCACCGAAGACCCUUCCGAUCCCUACCUGCUCAUCAUAAGGGCCGAAGCACCACCUACCUGGUUUGGAGCAAAGCUCCACCUAUCGGUUCGAGACGAGCCGCUGGACAUCAAGCUUGGGCACAUGAGGCUCAUCGCCGGCGGCUCCCAGGCACCGCUAAUGAAUGCAAGGAAAGCGUUCCUCGACAGCAUAGACAUGCAUAUCGAUCUUGUUGUCGAGCAGAGGUCGAGUCUCCAAAAGGUGAACGUCCGGCUCAUGGAGAUUCGAAAGGUUGCCUUCAAGCUAUCAAAUGCAUUCAUGGACAGUGUCGAGACCAUCCGCCGCCAGACGCGGGGCCUCAACUGCCAGGAACUGAUACAAACAUGCUUCAUAUUCGCCACUGAAUUUGGUCAGCGCUCGCUGUUGUACAUGGACAACAACAGGCGGACCAUGAACAACAUGAAACUCACCAAACUUGCGCUGGACUGGUACGCCAAAUUACGGGCGAAGGUAGCCGGGUGCAUGGCGCUCUUGAUCUCACACUUCGACAUCAUGGGCGCCAGGUCCAGUAUUGCCGCACAGGCCGAGAAAGCGCGGACAGAGGCUCUUAUGAACCAGCUGAAACGGCUCAACAAGGGGCAGGGCGCGGACGACGCGACCGCCGCCAAGUACGUCGAGGAGCACCGUCUCGAGGAGCUAGCCAAGAUCGACGAUCUCAGGAGGCAGAUUCUCUCAGAGCGGUCAGCCAUGGGCCGUGUGCUAGAGAUCUCCAACGAGGUCGAUCGUUCGCUCGCUUGGCUGUCGUCGACGGCUACCAACUUCACCAUGAGGUGGCAGCAAGGCCAGUUUGUCGGCGGUGGAACAUUUGGCACCGUCUACGCCGCUAUGAACCUUGAUACGGGUCAGCUGAUGGCUGUAAAGGAGAUCCGCCUGCAGGACCCCAAGCUAAUUCCGAGCAUCGCGGGUCAAAUUAGGGAAGAGAUGCGCGUCUUGGAAACGGUUGACCAUCCGAACGUCGUGUCUUAUUAUGGCAUUGAAGUCCAUCGAGACCGCGUCUACAUGUUUAUGGAGUUCUGUUCCGGCGGCUCGCUCGCCAAGAUGUUAGAGCACGGCCGCAUCGAGGAUGAGCCAGUCAUCAUGGUUUAUGCGCUACAGCUGCUCGAAGGCCUGGCCUUACCUGCACGAGAUACCUAUGCACACCGCGACAUUAAUCAGAAGAGGCAACCCGCCACAGUUGCCCUCGCCGGACCAGCUCAGCCGCAAGGCAUUUGA